AUGGGCCUGCAGCGAGGGGCUGGGCUGGCACAGGAUGAGGAGAGCCAAGAAAGACCCCAGGGUCUCAAUGGCAAUCACUACUCUGCCACCAGCUCCCCUGCGGGCCAGGUUCAGGAGCCCCAGGAUGCCUCAGCCUGGAACCAAUUCAAGCACCCCAGAGCUGUGUGCUCCCUGUCCCCAAAGUUCCCAGGCUCCGACCUGCUCUUGUGCUUGCUGGUCUCAGAACUGUUUGCACUGGUAAAGAGUGGAAGACCUCAGAGAGUAUUCAAUGAUAACAUUGGUGGUGAUGGUGAUGGUGGUGGUUGUGAUGGUGAUGAUGGUAGUGAUGAUGGUAGUGGUGAUGCUGGUGGCGGUGGUGGUGAUGGUGGCAAUGAUAGCAGUGAUGAUAAUGAUGCUGAUGGUGGUGCUGAUGGUGAUGGGGGUGGUGAUGGUGAUGGUGGUGGUGUGGUCACCGAUAUAAGGGUGCUGCUGCAGGAUGCUCCUCUCCUGGUGCUUUUGGAUGCCUGGAGCAGUGGCCUGGGCGUCUCGCUGCUCCUCGCGCUGCUCCUGGGGAGCCCAGCGACAGCCCUAGCGGGAGAUGCUGGACCUGAGGGACACGCUGGAUCCCUGAGUCUCCACCUCUUGCCCUCUGCAGCACUGGAAAGCAGCAGCCUGAGCCAGGACAGCCCUGAGGACGAUGUCACCAUGGCUCCUCCGAACCCCAUACAGUCUGAGGAAGAACUGGGGGGGCUGGAGCGGGAAGGGACGGUCCCUUCCGCACACCACCACCCAGCUGCCCUGUUGCCGCUGCCCCCAGAGGUGGCCGGAACAACGCACACACUCGCCCCCAGGAAGAAGUUGCCGCCCAAGCCGGUGACCUCGGCCCGGAAGCCACCCAAGCCCAAGGCUACCCUUGUGUCAUUGUCAUUGGCCAAUCCCGCCAGGACUGGGGCACACCCCACAGCACCCGUGGGCCCGGGUCCUGGCUCCUCCUCCACCGAGAAGCCCCGCCCACCAGAGGACACGGAAGAAGAAGUGCCUCCACAGCCGUCAUCAGAGAGCCCAGUCUGGCUGCACGGCAAGCAGGCCACAGUGCCCACAACCCCUGAGCCCCUACAGAUCUCCCCCUUCACCUCAGAACCCUUGGUGGCGCACACACUCCUGCAGAGGCCAGGGCCAGGGGACCCAGCCUCCCCUGCACAAGAGGAGGCCCAGGAGGCUUCCCCUGAGGACGCCAGCCUCAGCACCCUGGUAGACAAGGGUGACAACGAUCUGACCGGGUCAGCCUCUGAGGAGAGCCAGGAGACCACCACAUCCACCAUCAUCACUACCACGGUCAUCACCACGGAGCAGGCUCCAGCCCUGUGCAGCGUGAGCUUCUCUGACCCUGAGGGAUACAUCGACUCUAGUGACUACCUACCGCAGCCCUUCAACAACUUCCUGGAAUGCACGUACAACGUGACUGUCUACACUGGCUACGGGGUGGAGCUCCAGGUGAAGAGUGUGAACCUAUCGGAGGGGGAGCUGCUCUCCAUCCGAGGGGUGGACGGCCCCACCCUAACCGUCCUGGCCAACCAGACGCUGCUGGUGGAAGGCCAGGUGAUCCGGAGCCCUACCAACACCAUCUCCGUGUACUUCCGGACCUUCCAGGAUGAUGGCCUCGGCACGUUCCAGCUGCACUACCAGGCCUUCAUGCUGAGCUGCAGCUUUCCCCGCCGGCCUGACUCUGGGGACGUCACGGUGAUGGACCUGCACUCAGGCGGGGUGGCCCACUUCCACUGCCACCUCGGCUACGAGCUGCAGGGCGCCAAGAUGCUCACCUGCAUCAACGCCUCCAAGCCCCACUGGAGCAGCCAGGAGCCCAUCUGCUCAGCCCCCUGCGGAGGAGCAGUGCACAACGCCACCAUCGGCCGUGUCCUCUCCCCCAGCCACCCUGGCAGCAGCAACGGGAGCCAGUUCUGCACAUGGACCAUUGAAGCACCUGAGGGGCAGAAGCUGCACUUGCACUUUGAGAGGCUGUCGCUGCAUGACAAGGACAGGAUGACGGUGUAUAGUGGGCACACCAACAAGUCCGCCCUGCUGUACGACUCCUUGCAGGCCGAGAGCGUCCCCUUCGAGGGACUGCUCAGCGAAGGCAACAGCAUCCGCAUUGAGUUUUCAUCCGACCAGGGUCAUGUGGCCUCGGCCUUCAACAUCCGCUUUGAGGCUUUUGAGAAAGGCCACUGCUACGAGCCCUACAUCCAGAAUGGGAACUUCACCACAUCUGACCCGACCUACAACAUCGGGACCAUAGUGGAGUUCACCUGCGACCCCGGACACUCUCUGGAGCAGGGGCCUGCCAUCAUUGAAUGUGUCAAUGUGCGUGACCCAUACUGGAACGACACAGAGCCCCUGUGCAGAGCCAUGUGUGGUGGGGAGCUGUCUGCUGUGGCUGGGGUGGUGCUGUCCCCAAACUGGCCAGAGCCCUAUGUGGAGGGUGAAGACUGUGUCUGGAAGAUCCACGUAGGAGAAGAGAAGCGGAUCUUCCUAGAUAUCCAGUUCCUGAACCUGAGCAACAGCGACAUCCUGACCAUCUAUGAUGGCGACGAGGUCGUGCCCCACAUCCUGGGCCAGUACCUAGGGAGCAGCGGCCCACAGAAGCUAUACUCCUCCACGCCAGACCUGACCAUCCAGUUCCACUCUGACCCUGCCGGCCUCAUCUUCGGGAAGGGCCAGGGAUUCAUCAUGAACUACAUAGAGGUGUCAAGGAACGACUCCUGCUCAGACCUACCUGAGAUCCAGAAUGGCUGGAAAACAACAUCUCACACAGAACUGGUGAGGGGGGCCAGAAUCACCUACCAGUGCGACCCCGGCUAUGACAUCGUGGGGAGUGACACCCUCACCUGCCAAUGGGACCUCAGCUGGAGCAGCGACCCCCCUUUCUGCGAAAAAAUUAUGUACUGCACCGACCCGGGAGAGGUGGACCACUCGACCCGCUUAAUCUCCGACCCGGUGCUGCUGGUGGGAACCACCAUCCAGUACACCUGCAACCCCGGCUUCGUGCUGGAGGGGAGCUCGCUGCUUACCUGCUACAGCCGUGAGACCGGCACGCCCAUCUGGACGUCCCGCCUGCCCCACUGCGUCUCGGAGGAGUCCCUGGCGUGUGACAACCCAGGGCUGCCUGAAAACGGGUACCAGAUCCUGUACAAGCGGCUGUACCUCCCCGGAGAGUCUCUCACCUUCAUGUGCUAUGAAGGCUUUGAGCUCAUGGGUGAAGUGACCAUCCGCUGUAUCCUGGGGCAGCCGUCGCACUGGAACGGGCCCCUGCCAGUCUGUAAAGUUAAUCAAGACAGUUUUGAACAUGCAUUAGAAGCAGAAGCGGCAGCAGAGUCGUCGCUGGAAGGAGGAAACAUGGCCCUGGCCAUCUUCAUCCCGGUCCUCAUCAUCUCCUUGCUGCUGGGAGGAGCCUACAUCUACAUCUCCAGGUGUCGCUACUACUCCAGCCUCCGCCUGCCCCUCAUGUACUCACACCCCUACAGCCAGAUCACCGUGGAGACCGAGUUUGACAACCCCAUCUAUGAGACAGGGGAAACCAGAGAGUAUGAGGUUUCUAUCUAAAGAGCUGUGCUGGAGAAGGGAACUCACAGACAUGAACUCAGUUACAACCUCCUCGAGCCGUCCAUCCAGAGACCGUGGGGCACUGGAUUGAAAUCCCAGAGUGUCUGCUGUCUUCUCUUUAGACUCUUGAUUGAAGAUUUACUGUUUUCUUUGCUGUAUUUAUUAUAUUUAAAAUUGAA